UGCUCAACCAUCUUUUCAACAGCAUCGUGCUUGUUGGGUCUGUGUCCGUAGCGUCCUUUCCGCCCACACACUUGCCAUCUCACGUGCCACCUGCCACAAACUGAACAGAUGGUUCUCACAACCUUCCUCGUGCUCGUCGCGGCGAGCUUCGUUCAAGCCCACUUCAGCAUCGAGUACCCCACAUGGCGCGCCGACACGCUCAAGAACGCGAGCUACGACCAAUGGCUUAACCCCUGCGGCGGCGUACCAGGCAACCUGACGACCCCCUCGCAGCGCACGCCCUGGCCCCUCACGGGCGGCAGCCUCAAGCUGGGGCUGCACCACCCGUGGACCUACGUGUUUGUCAAUCUCGGGCUCGGCCCGGACGUCUCCAACUUCAACUACACGCUGACCAACCCGUUCUGGAACUCGACCGGCAACGGGACGCUGUGUGUGUCGCGGCUCGCGCUGCCCACGGACUUGCCGAUCAGCGACGGGUCGCUCGCGAGCCUGCAGGUCGUCACGGUUGGCGACGACGGGAACGCGCUGUACAACUGCGCGGAUAUCGUGUUCCGCGCGAAUGCGACGACGUUGAGCAGUAAUGACUGCGUGACGAGCGAGGGCGUGUCGUUCGCGCCGGUUGCUGUCGCGGGGCAGGGCCAGACAGGAGAAAAUGACACGGGGUCCGGCUCCGGCGGGGACUCGCAGGGGAAUGCGGGGUCGGCGAACGGGGUGAGUGUGAGCGCGCUGACGUCGGUUGUGGCGCUGGCCAUGGUGUUGGUGAUUGGAAUGAGCCUAUGAUGGUGACGCUGCCUUAGGAGGAUGGACUCUUUCGUGUUGUAUUUCCCACCAAAGCGUUGGGGGUUCGGGCUGGCGAUGAGGUGUGUUGUAUUUCCUC